UCUUGGCUGAGUUCGAGUCUGGGCCACACUGAUUACACGUACGCAAUAUAUCUAGUCAUUUCGUGGUUUACAUGCAAUCUUUUCAAGAACAUCUCAUUCACAAUGUUAGCAAUCACAGGUGAUGCUAAGUGGUGAUCAAUCGUAACGAAUUAAUAUAGUGCUCAAUUUUUAUUCUCAAAUAACUAUAUAGAUAAUUGUGUAUUCUAACAAUUAUUAUCUUAAAAAUGUUGAACGAUAUACCGAAAAGACUAUCAAAAAGUUCUGAAGCCACAGAGGUUGAUGUUCGCGAGGAUGAGGAACAAGCCACAAAAUUCCAAGAGAUCAUUGAUUUACUCGUUGCAGCAGGUUACUUUAGAGCAAGAAUAAAAGGUUUAUCAAACUUUGAUAAGGUUGUUGGUGGUAUGACCUGGUGUAUAGAAUCAUGCAACUUUGACGUAGAUGUGGAUUUACUUUUUCAAGAAAAUCUUACAAUUGGUCAAAAAAUUUCUUUGACAGAGAAAAUUGUGGUCAUGCUUCCCAAAAUGAAUUGCCCAUAUCGAAUAGAACCGCAUCAAAUACAAGGUUUAGAUUGCAUUCAUAUAUUCCCAGUUAUCCAAUGGUUAGUGAAGCGUUCCAUGGAAAUGCGACAGGAAAUGGCAGGUUUUGUAAGAUCCUUUGCAUUGAAUCAGUUUCAUAAAAAACAUUCAUUUAGUGAAGAUUCUGAGAUUGGAGCAACAGCUAAUGAAAACAUCAUUAGAAAUUUACGUUCUGUCAAGAAAGCCUAUGAACCACGACGUUUAUUCAAACAAAAAGAAGGAUAUGUGAAAGACGAAUCGAGCAGAUUCAUUAGCACAGUGUUGGAAUAUGAAGCACCUUUUGACGCUGUUACGAAUAAAUCCUCAACAGCAUCGAUAGACUCUAAAGCCAAUAAUUCAAAAUGCGAAUCUAAUAAUGAAAAAAAUGAAAAGAACAUUACCGAACAGAUUACUGCUGCUCUAGCUGUGAUAGAAGAAAAUUCGGCACGUUUAAGUGUGAGCACAGUUGGAAACAUUGUUGGAAUACAAGCGCAAGAAAUUGCUAAAGUGGCAGAGAAGUAUGCGACUAUGUUCUACUUCGGGAAAACAGAGGACAGUGGUGCAACUGAUUCGUCGCGCGCUUUGAUCACAUUGCAAAAACAAAAGGCAAUAUUGCAAUCUAGAGCCCGUAAAUUAGCAAAGGAAAGAGACAGCUUAUCGGAUAAACUAACAGAACUAGUAGACAAAACGAAAGAACAUCGUACGAAAAAAGAAGCCAUUGAGCGCUCCUUUAAAAAGAUUCAGGAAAUCGGAAUUAAUGAUAACGAUAGCGUUUUCAAGCGAUUGGAGGAACUUCUCUCUGUACACGAAGGAUUGAAAGAACAAGAACACAAUUUUCGAGAGCAAUGCAAAUCGGAUCUUAAUCUUUUUCGAGAUAUGUUGCAAGAAAUUGAAAACGGUGCUCCGGCGGAGGAAGAGGAUCGUAUCAAAGAAUAUCAGGAGCAAAAGGAAGCUGUAGCGCGAGUACGAUUACAGUUGGCUAAGAAGAAUAGAGCUAUCGCGUCCUUAACAAGGCAAUUGGAUGAUGUUCCAGGACGUUCCGAAUUAACUCAAUAUCAACGACGCUUUAUGGAACUCUACAAUCAAGUUUCGGCCAAGCACAAAGAAACUAAACAGUAUUAUACAUUAUAUAAUACUCUCGAUGAUACAAAGCUAUAUUUAAGCAAGGAAUUGUCACUGCUGAAUUCCAUUCAAGAUAACUACAAUGAGGCUAUGGCAUCAGCAAGCUGUAAAGAGCAGUUCUUAAAACAAUUCGAGACAAUUGUUGCAGGAGUGAAGCGUAACAAAGCAAUGGUGGAAAAACGUUGUACAGAUGAAAAAACUCGGCGAGAUGCGCUUAGUCGACAGCUGGUUACUCUUAUAGAACAGCAACGUAAAUAUGUUGCAGCAGUGAGACAGCUCACUAUUGAAUGCCGCAAGAAUGAAGCUUUACUGGCUCAGCUUCGUGGUUCAUAAGUUCCAUUUACAUUACAAAAAGCUGUAUAGCAAUUUGCUAUGCAUGAGAAAAAAUAUUAUUUAAUUCUUUUCCUACACACAUAGCAAAAAUUACUAUAAUGUUCAAAAUAUAUAUAA